UAUUUGGUAAAUUAUUUUCAAUGGGCGUUCUUGGUUUAUGGCAACUCCUGGAUACUGCGGGGAAACCUGUUCCUCUUGAGUCCCUGCAAGGUCAAGUUUUAGCAGUAGAUGUCAGCAUAUGGCUGCAUCAAGCAAAUCAUGGGAUCAGCGGCAGAAACGGAUACCUUCAGCUUGUCUUUUCCCGGGCAUGUAAGCUGCUGUUCCAUGGAAUCCGGCCUGUUUUUGUCUUCGAUGGCCCAACUCCAGCAAUAAAACGCGAUUGCAUGGAGAAACGUAGAAGGAAGCGGGCUCAUGCAAUGGCAAAUUGUUCUGACUUGCGCAGCGCUGUUUUAACAAACUACCUAAAAUCACAUAUAAUUGAAUCAACUGACAGUUCUGUAAAAGAAGCGCUGCCUAAACCCAAAAGACUUCCAACUGUCCUCACCAGCGUAACUCCAUUCGACGAGUUGUUCAAUUUGGGAAGCUCCGAAGAGAGUAGAAUAAAUAUUCGCGACGAUGUUAACGAAUCUGCGGACGAUAUUUCUAAUUAUAUCGAUGACAAUGAUGACCUGGAAAAUGUGGAUGUUGAAUCCGAAGAGUUUAAAGCGUUGCCUUUUGAGGUGCAACACGAGAUCUUGAUGGAUAUAAGGGAGCUGAAAAAACGGAAGUGUCUUUUGAAGCCUGUCACAAUGCCAGAAAAACUGAACGACUUUUCAGACUUCCAGAUGAAAAAUUUUCUGGACAAAAGUUGCGUUACACAGAAAAUCGAAGAUGUACGCAAAGACAUGAAUAGAGAUGGUCUAGGAAUUUUAGGCUUGGCAAACGUAGACGGGGCCAUAAUGCGAAAAAUAGCAUCAGAAGAUUCUUCGUACAUGGUUUAUGUGAAAAACUUACCGAAAACAGGCCAGAACAAUAUAGAAUCUUGGAUGGAUUUUGAAACCAGUGAAGAUCUCAUUUCAGUUAAAGUCAACAACGAAGAUCAAGCUGGCGCGCCUCUAAAAUUAAGUUCUGAUGAACCUAAAUUGACGCAAAUUGGUUUAAAUGAAAAACCAAACACAUAUGAAGAUAUUAAUACGAAUAGCGCAGUGUUAAAAGCUGAAUUUAACAUUAAUGAAGUUAUGUCCAGAUUAAAAAUGCCAAUUAAAGAAAUAAAAAUUAACCAUUUAGACGAGGAAAUUGAAAUAAAUAAAAAUAAUGUGAUAGAAAAUAAAAUGAAAAAUAAUGAAAUGAAGACAAAUAAGGAAUGUGAGAAUUCGCAACCCUUUACAAAUAUAGACUCCUAUGAUUCUGGAAUUUCAACUCAAAGUGAACCAUCAUCUCAAAUACCCUUGGAAACUCAAAGUGACAUCGAAUCAAGUUCAGAAGACGAAUUUGAAGACGUUGAAGUUCUGGCUGGAAUGGCAUCCAUUACAGAUAAUCAAAACAACCUAUCUUCCAAAAACCAAAAAUCUAACGAAUCAGAUUCUAUAAGUGAUGUAGUAGUAGUCUCAGAUGAUGAAAUUGACGUACCAGAAGCGUCAACUAGGCUAAAAGAAAUAGCAACUGGUACGCUAGAACAGCAACAGUCGACGAAUAUAAAUAUACGACACAUGCCAGAAACGAAAAAUGAUGUCACCAUCAAUCCAAUAAAUGAAUUCGAACAUAAUUUCUUAGUUGAUGAAGUAAAACAAACAGUCAACAAAAAUACAUAUCAAUUAGAAGACUAUUUUCAAGACGACGACAAAAACGUUCAAGUUUCAUCAACUUAUCAAGCGCCUAGUUUAGUUUUGCCAUGGAAUUCCCAAGAAGUGAUAUCCUUGGAACAAGAAGAGCUUCGAUUGGUACGUGAACUUGAAAAAGAGGAAAAUCGUGCAACUACUGUCACAGAACUCAUGUACGAGCAGUGUCAAAAGCUACUUAAACUCUUCGGUCUCCCAUUUAUAGUAAGUCCAGGCGAAGCAGAAGCUCAAUGUGCUUAUCUGGACUCAAUAGGGCUGGUCCAUGGAUCCAUAACAGAUGACAGCGAUGUCUGGCUUUUCGGAGGAAAGACGGUGUAUAAAAACUUCUUUGAGCGUGAGAAGUUUGUGGAAAAGUUUACAAUGGCGGAAAUCGAAGGUCGCUUGAUGAUAAAUAGAUCGAAUCUGAUCUGCUUAGCUAUGAUGCUAGGCAGUGAUUACUGUGAUGGUAUUGAGAAUAUUGGACCUGUGCAUGGCAUGGAAGUGCUGGAAGAGUUCGGAAGGGAGUUUGGCAUCAAGCCACUCGAAAGUUUCAAAAAAUGGCACAACAAAAUGUCAAACCAAAUCGUACCAGAAGUCACAAAUUCUGUUCGCAAGAGACUGCUCAAGUUCCAACUGCCUGAAACAUUCCCAAGUCAAAAAGUAUUUGACGCCUAUUACCAGUCCAGAGUGGACGAGUCCAGAGAGAAAUUCAAGUGGGGUCAACCGGAUGUGUUCGGGUUGAAGGAGUUCAUGGCCCAAUAUCUCGGAUGGCCACCUAAGAAGCUGGACGAAAUGCUGCAACCUGUUUUAGAGAAACAGAAGAAAUUUGUGACCCAAAUGAGUCUAGAUCAAUUUUACACUGUGAGAUUGGGAACUGCUAAAAGGGUCGUAAAAAGCAAACGGAUCAAUGACGCCAUAUCAAAGAUGAAAACCCAGAAGUCGGAUGUCUCGACCGACAAACAAAGUGAGCGGUCUGCACCACAGGUUUCAGAGUCACAGAAUGAAAGCAGAUCGAAGAGUUUGAAAAACGCAUCAAAAGAAUCCGAAACUGCAGAAGAGAAGCAAUUCAGCAAAACUACGAAGAGACCGCAAAGAAAAUGCAAACCAGAUGCCUCGAGUGAACUAAAAACCGAUCCAGCAAAUGCUGAUGCAAACCAGAAAAUUUCUUAUAAAAAACGAACUUUUAACUCUAAAAAAGCGAAAUCAAAAGUAAAAGCGCAAAAUGUUAGAAAAAGAACGAAAGAUCUUCAACUGUCAGAGAGUUCGAGCAGUUCUGAAACUUGAUAAUUCGAGAUUAUAAGUAUUGUACAUUUAGUUUUUUUAUGAAAAAUCUUUUGAACGUAUUAUCAUUUCAGCCAAGUUUUUGUAAAUAUUUAUUGACUACUGCGGCGACUUUUUUUAUCACCGGGCAG